GGCACAUCGUAAAGGAUCGGACAGAGAGGAGCGAAAAGUCUGUGACAGCUGCACUUUGUUGUGUCAAAUCGGCUUCAGGAUGGUCUCGUCGUACCCUUUACCGGAGGGCUUCUCCGACUUCGAUGUGUUCUCCCUGGGAUCGUGUCUGCUGGUGGAGGGUCUGCUGGGCUUCUUUUUGAAUGCGGUGACAAUCGUCGCUUUCCUCAAAGUGAGAGAGCUGAGGACCCCCAGCAAUUUCCUGGUGUUCAGCUUGGCGAUGGCUGAUAUUGGCAUCUCCAUGAACGCCACCGUCGCCGCUUUCUCCAGCUUCCUGAGGUACUGGCCUUAUGGCUCUGAAGGAUGCCAGACUCACGGUUUCCAGGGCUUCAUGACUGCCCUCGCCAGCAUCCACUUCGUGGCCGCCAUCGCCUGGGACAGAUACCACCAGUAUUGCACCAGGACAAAGCUGCAGUGGAGCAGCGCCAUCACUCUGGCUGUGUUUGUCUGGCUCUUCACUGCCUUCUGGUCUGCCAUGCCCCUCAUCGGCUGGGGAGAGUAUGACUACGAGCCCCUCAGGACCUGCUGCACUCUGGACUACAGCAAGGGAGACAGAAACUACGUGUCCUACUUGAUCCCCAUGAGCAUCUUCAACAUGGCCAUCCAGGUGUUUGUUGUCAUGUCCUCUUACCAGUCCAUUGCACAGAAAUUCAAGAAGACUGGAAACCCCAGGUUCAACCCCAACACUCCUCUUAAGACCAUGCUGCUCUGCUGGGGCCCCUAUGGUAUCCUGGCUUUCUACGCCGCUGUGGAGAAUGCCAACCUGGUCUCUCCCAAGCUCAGAAUGAUGGCUCCCAUCCUGGCUAAGACCUCUCCCACCUUCAACGUCUUCCUGUAUGCUUUGGGAAAUGAGAACUACAGAGGAGGCAUCUGGCAGUUCCUCACCGGGGAAAAGAUUGAUGUGCCUCAAAUUGAGAACAAGUCCAAAUAAACAAAGCAUGCAAUAAUUCCACACAUUCACUGUCCUGGUGGUUUCUCACAGGUAGCUAGAUGUUUCUGUCAGUGAGUGUACGUGCAUGUGUUGUCUUGAACAGUGGUAGCCAUUGUCCCUUGUAAACAUCCGUC